AUGGACGCUACCAUAGAGAACCCAGAGUUUUUGGAUUUCUUAAACACCACCCAAUCUGGAGCAGCACAUAAUUCUGUGGGAAUUUCCUUUGAGUCAUUUCUGUCUUCCCUGAUCUUUUCUCUUAUAUAUUGUUCCCUUCAAGUGUUGAUAUUCACCUACCUGAGAACAAGAUUUAAGGAAUUUUACCAACCGCUGUGCUACUGUUUGCCAGAAAGCAUUCGGACGCCUCCGUUGUCAGAUGAUCUUUUUGCAUGGGCAAAACCAAUAGUAUACACCCCAAUUGGGACUUUCUACCGGCUAGGACUCGACUCGUACUAUUUUUUGAGAUUCAUGUAUACGCUACUGAUAUUAUUCGUUGGAAUGGCCUGCCUCAAUAUUCCAGUGCUGAUUCCAGUGAAUCUUUGUGGCGGAGAUGAGCUAACUAAGGGGAUUGUUAGAGGGCUAGACAGAAUCUCGACUUCCAACAUCUCGUCUCGAAACACCAAUAAGUAUAUGUUCCAUUUCGGCAUGGCUAUUUUUGUGAUCCUAUGGUUUCAUUAUGUGCUCAUCUACGAGAUGAAAAGCUGCGUCGAGGAGAGACAAAAACAUUUGCUGUUGAGCUCCAAAGUUCAGUAUAAACGGGCAUCCAUGUCGACUGUGCUGCUGGAAAAUAUCCCACACGAGCUAAUGGACGAAGCUGCAAUUGAGCACUUCUUUGCUACUCUCCCUGGAGGAGUCAGAAAAGUAUGGCCAAUUUUGGACUAUCGCAAUGUGGAGGCAUUGGUUAAAAAGUAUGAAAAAUACAGAAGUUUGUUAGAAGAGCUGGAACUCAAUAUCAUCAAAGAUAAGACCCAAAACAGAGUCAACUACGCUACCAGAAAUUUUUACGAGCCCAUUGAAGUAUUUGGGUUUGAAUGUACAGUUCCCGGAAUAUGCAAGGUUGUGGAUCCAUACGACCAUACAGCAGGACAGAUGCUGCUCCUGGGCGAGCUCAUUUUAGCCAAACAGCGCGAACUCAAGUCCGUAAAACUACAGAGUUCAAAAAUCAACAAAGCGUUUGUGCAGUUCAACAAGAUCAGCACCGCAUAUCUUGCACGCCAGCUCUUACUAACAAAAAAUCCCAAAGACAUGACGGUCACACUCAUGGAAAUGACUCCGGAUGAUAUAAUCUGGAAGAAUAUUGUACGCUCGGACCAAACAGCUUCGAAUGUGAUAUGGAACGCGGCUAUGUUUUUCGUUUCCAUUUUGAUCAUCGUCUGCUGGGUAGUCCCAGUGGCUUUCGUCGGGUCAAUCUCGCAACUUCCUUAUCUCACUGCUCUCAUUCCAACCAUCAGCUGGCUAAAUGGUCUUCCAGACUUUUUAACAGCAUUCAUUGCAGGGAUUUUGCCUACAAUAGUUCUCACGUUACUGACGUCUGUUGCCCUGCAAAUAUUCAAGGUGGUCGGUUGCAAGCGAGGAAAAAUAGUGGGCUCUUCAUUGGAACUGAGUCUUCAAGGCUGGGUAUUUGUGUUCUUAUUUUUCCACCUCUUCAUUGUGAUCACCAUCUCUUCAGGGUUCAUUGUGGUGCUGGAACGGUUUCUUCUCAAUCCAAGCGCCAUUCCAGCAAUGGUGGCCCAAGACUUCCCCAAGGCCUCCAACUUCUUUUUCUCGUUCUUCAUUUUAAAAGGCCUGACCUGUUUCGGAAACAGUCUGCUCCAAUUUGGACGGUUUUCGUCAGACCUGUGCAUGGACAAACUGCUCGACAAGACUCCACGAGAAAAGCUUCAUCGCCGUAUGAACAUUCCUCAGGCCAGUUGGGGACUCACAUACCCAACUUACUCCGUGUAUGGCUCGAUUGGUCUGGUGUACUCUGUGAUAUCUCCUUUAAUUCUUGUGUUCUGCUGCAUCAACUUCCUUUUGGACCUGUUGUCGUACAAGUACUGUCUUCUCUAUGUUUACAACUACAAGAACAGUUCGGAGACAGGAGGAAAAAUCUAUUCAAUCGGACUUCGUCAACUGUAUGCGGGAAUCUACAGUCUAGAGGUGUUUCUUAUCGGAUUGUUCUUCAUCGUGAAAGACGAUAAGGGCGAAAACACGUGCUUCCUGCUUGGUAUCAUGAUGGUUAUAGUUUUGGUUUUGACAAUAUAUGUCCACAUUUCUAUAAAUAGCCAGUAUGACAAGUCAUUGAAUGUUGUUCCGCUGGAAUUGUUCGAGGAGCUGGAUCAAGAAAUAAAGUUUGAGCAUGACAUUGACACAGCCUCCAUUUUCUGUCAUCCUUCGUUACGGUUCGACCCCUGCGAGCAGGUGGUCUGGAUCCCCAAAGAUCCACACGGACACAGCGACAGGGAACGCCAGAAACUGGAACUGCUUGGUCUCAAGGUGUUUGACCAGGGGUGCACCAUAAGCAACAAGGGCAGACUGGAAAUCCUGAUGUCUCCGCCGGAUUAUAUUUUUUGA